AUGCCUUUAGACGGUCGUCCAGAUCCCGAGUCAAUCCCGAGGUUGCAAUUCUCUCGCUUCAAAGAACUACCAACUGAGGCACGGCUCAAAAUAUGGCGCACCGCUGUCCACGAAGCAACUGUUGGUCGAACUAUUCACGUGGAGGUCUAUACACAGAUACAAGUAACUCUGCACUCCUGUUUCGCUUCCACAAAGAUAUUUUGCGGCCUCCACGGUAGCUGCCCGAGCUUUCGAUACGGCAAUGGCUUGGGAAACUGGCCAUCUGACUGUAUGGUCGAUGGCUAUUUCGCGUCAACCGACAAAGUUUCUAGUCCUGAGGACUCAUAUUCCGCUUCUGGAAUAACGAAUCUCAGCCUUGCUUGCCAUGAGUCUCGCACAGUCGUCCUUGAGCUAUAUUCCAGGGCCCUCAGAGUGUAUCAAGGCCCAUGGCACCAAGGUGUCAAAAGCCGCCUAGUCCGUUGCCGUCCAGAGACAGAUGUCCUGGUUAUCUAUGCAGUACCAGAUUUAAGCCUGGGCCAUCAAAUUUUAGAAGGGUUAACGACUGAGCGUUAUUGGCAGCACCAAAAGGAAGCUAUGAUGAAAAGGUUUCCCUGUAGUGAUACACAAUUCGCUGCCUUUAAAGAAAUAAUAUCCAAGUUUCAAAAUGUAGCGAUUUUCACUCGCAUGGGUCGUGAGCGCGAAAUCCAGCGGCAAGAUAGACCAGAAACUGGCGCUCGUGGGAUUGCUGGCGUCGAUCUCGUUCACAGCACAGAUCUGAGAGCACUACUUUAUUUUUUUACGUCCUUAAAGCAACUUUAUCUCUGGCUUGAUCCAGACUGCUGGCCCGAUGUGUGGGACAACGCAAUUCGAGUAGACGAUGUCGAGGACCUACAGACUGCCAGAAAUGCGGGCACUGCUCAUAUUGCUAGCCAAGCUCUGCAUAGGUGGUUCGAAGCUAGAAAUAUGCAAGACGAGUCCAGAGACCUGCGACAAUCUUACAAUGAAGGGGUGGAAGUUCAGAAUAAUCACUUUGUGAUUGAUGGUGUACACUGGGUACCGCGAGCAAAGCCGCUUGAACGGAUCGGAUGCUAUUAUCCUACAUCUUGGUUACAAUAG